GAUGAUGAUUCUGACGAAAGUGUGUCGGCAAUUUUGCGAUCAAUUUUGAAACUAUUUGUUGCAAGGUCUGCUCGCUUAAACACACUUAGUAUUAGGCGUUCUAAUUGUGAAGAAAAAUAUAUGCUAUUGGCCGAACCCUCGAUUUGUCCUUUGAUAAACCCGCUGAAAAAUUUAAACAUCAAUUGCUAUUCAAUUGAUAGAUUAAAACUAGCUGAAAGUUGUCCAAAGGUCAAUCUUUUGGGUGCGCUCAUUAAGCAAUGUCAACAUUUGAAUACAAUUAGAAUCAAUAAUCUAAGUGUGAAUGAUGAAUCUUCAACGCUCGUUGCAAAAAAACUCGCUAUACUUAUAGAAAAACAACGAGGACUUAAACGUAUAAUUUUAUCAAGAUGUAAAACGUUCGCCAAUAUUAUAAUUCCAUCCUUAGAAAAACAAAAACAUGCAUUACGGCAUGUCGGAUUCCGAGGCGUCGAUUUUGAAGGAUGCU